AUGGUCAGAGGCAGAAAGAAGGUGUCAACAGCAUGGGCACACUUCCGCCCGAUUCAGAAGACCAAACGCUUCCAAUGCGUUCAUUGUAACGUUGAGGUAGUUGGACCAGGCUGCUCCAACUUGAAGAAACAUCUUCAGGCUCGUCACAAGGCCGCUUUUAGUCAGGUGGAUAGUCACGAUAGGAUAACAUACGAAAAAGGGCUAGGUCAGUUGUUUCCCACUCCUUCUACAAGCCCUGAUUCUUCCAUGGCUACUGAUUUUGGAGACGAAAACAUGGGGAUGCAGUUCAUGAAGCUCCUGAAUAAUGCACAGAUGUCUCAAAGUAAAACAAUGGAUGAACCGACCGAGGAAGAAGAAGCAAAUCAAGGUAGAAGUUCAAUGAACUUGAUGGAUUUGCUGGACAAUAACAAAGAUAGUGAUGUAACUAACAAUGUCAAGUAGGUUUUAAAUAGACUAUUUCAAAAAUUUUAAAUACAUAAUAUUGUUAGUUUUCCUUAUUUUUUUGAAUAGCUUAAACAAUUUGUUACCUAAAAAUGCAUUGUCUCUAAUUUUGUGGCAUUUCAGUGAUUUGGUAUCGUCAUGCAUAAUAUCUAACCUAACGGAACAAUGUGAAGCGUUGAAGAAGGUUCUGAGCGAGAAGGAUGAAGUUAUCGAACGUCUGAAAAUGGUCAAUGCUAAACUAAUAUUUGAACUACAGAAGGCUGUUCAAAAACUUUAG